GAUUAUCGCCUCUUUAGUCAUUCAUUAGCGACCCAACAGGUCGCAAGUCGAACUCGUUUCGUUUAUUCUAUUUACGACAAAAAGUCGAUACGAUGACGUUGUAUCCGAAAUUAAACAAGAAACUGGGUCUGAUCGGAGCCAUCUGUUUGAUCGUUUGGGGUGUCUUUAUCCUCGGCAUGCAGUUGUACGUGUUCGGCUAUUACAGCCGAGUGUACGGCGAAGGGACGGGCGACAAUGGCUGGGGCAGCGCGUACAGCGGAAUGGGCCUAGCCAACAGCGCGGCCUGUUUGUUCUUUGGCAUCUUUUACGUCAUCGUAUUCACCGAACAGGCAACCACCAAGAUGCUUUUGUGGGCAAUGAUAUUGACCGUUGUGGGAGCAGGUGCCGCUGCAGCUUCUACCGUUCUGGCGGCCCUGGAGGCCGAUUGGCUCAACACGGACUCGCAACACCCGUGCAACAACGCAUCGGAAACGGACGCAUCAUUCCCGACGCCUCUCAUUUGCACCAAUUGGCUGGCGCUGGAAGUGACCGUGUCCGUCUUGAGCGGAUUAGCUUUCAGCGAGUACAUCUUCAUCGGAUGGGUCGUGUUCAGGGGCCUGUCGGCUGGCAAACACGCCGACCAUGACGACCACCAUCCAGAGCGCCAUCAUCCGCCAGCACCGGCCGACAAAAUGGAGCCUCAACCGCCCGUCUUGCGGGUGAACACCAUCAACCCGCAAAUGAAGGGCCAUCAGGACGGGCCGCCGUACAGCGCCUACAACAACAACAACAACAACCAGCCGAGCAAGGAGAGGUCCCCCGAUCUGAAUUCGUACGACGAUUUGAAUCCGCAGUACAGCUAUCAUUUGCAGCAGUUGUCGAUGCAACAACAGCAAAUGGCCCAGCAGACGGGCAAACAGUCGCCGAAAACUUCGCCAGCGUUGCAAUACCGUCCACCUCAACACCAACUGGCUCCGCCAGCGCCGCUGCACAAUCAAAUCAGUCGCGGACGUUUGCAAGUGUUGCACAAUCAAAGGCAACGUGCUCCACCUCCGCCCGUUCCGUCCAAACCGACCGUCAACAGCAGCAACCUUUAUCGCUAUUAAAUUUCUUGAUCCCCAUUUCGAUUGUGAACUUUCAAUCGUUCAAAAACAGAUGAGAGAGAAAUACAACGUUUUGCCAGA